AAUACCGGGACCCGUCUUUAAUGUGAUUGCUAAAAUUUUACUACAAUGAUACUGCAAAAUUAGCCAUAAUACUCAAAUUACAAAAUGCCGUCAAACGUUGAAAUAAAAGCCCAUUUAAAAGACGUAGGAGGUGUCUGUAAGAUAGCAGAACAGAUAUGUACUGAGGGACCAACCAUUCUACACCAGGAAGACACAUUCUUCACUGUGGAUAAGGGAAGACUCAAACUACGAAAGAUUGAGGGUAAAACUGCGCAACUGAUCUUCUACGAUAGACCUGACCAAACUGGACCCAAAUUCAGCGACUAUAACAUUACGGAAGUUUCCAACCCUGACAGUCUCAAAGAGACCCUUGGUAAAUGUCUUGGUAUAAAGGGAGAAGUGAAGAAAACAAGAACUCUUUAUAUGGUAGGACAAACACGUGUCCACAUUGACAAAGUUCAUAAUCUUAAUGAUGGCGAUUUCAUGGAACUUGAGGUUGUGAUGAAGGAAGGACAAACAGUGGACGAGGGUCAAAGUAUUGCUGAUGAUUUAAUGACCAAACUUGGAAUCUCAAAAUCAGAUUUAAUAUCUGGUGCCUAUAUAGACAUGAUUUUAGAGAAAAGUUGAACUAACUGAAUGCUAUUUUUGGGGGAUUAAGUUUCAUUUAGGCGAAAAUAGAACAGCUUGAACAUAACAAAUCAUUCCGGGAGGAAUACAAGUUUCAAUGUGUUCUAUUCAAUUUUUCAUUUUUCAUUUUGUUCAUUUUCAUUUUAGUAAACAACAUUAUAAAUAUAGGCUUAUACAGACUUCUUGUGCAAUUCUGGUUACAAAAUGUUAUCAUUUUCGAUUUAGAUGAUUGGACAGUCAUUAAAAUAAAUGAAUGUUAACAUCA